AGCUCACUGGUUGGUACGCAGAGGAGCGAGCUGCCUGCUGGAGGAAGAGUGAGGAAGAGAGGAACACAACAUCCUUGAAGGAAGGUUUCGCAGGUGUGGACGUUUCUUUGCAACCAAAACAGCGCCCAGAAAUCGCCACGAUGACAGAGCCAGACCCAAAAUCAGUGCAAGAUAUGACCGCAGUGGUCCAGACCCUGCUCCAGCAAAUGCAGGAUAAAUUCCAGACCAUGUCAGACCAGAUAAUCGGCAGGAUCGAUGAGAUGUCGACCCGUAUCGAUGACCUUGAGAAGAACAUCGCCGACCUCAUGACCCAGGCCGGCGUGGAGGAGGGCGAGGGGGGCGCAGACAGCAAGCAGCCCACGGAAGCAGCCGCACAGCCCCCCGAGUAGAGAACCCUCCUUAGUGCAUCACUGACGAAGUUCAACUCGUUGAAAAAAAACAAGGAUGUUUUCUCUUUUAUUUUAUUUUGUUUUUGCAUUGUGAUUUAAUUUUGAUUUUCUAAGUACGAGGCAUUUUAUACACGAUCAUGUUAUUCGAAGAAAGUCUCAUGGGGGAAUUGCCAGUUGUUAUUUAUUGUUUGUUUACCAUAUAAGGUCACAAAGUAAAUCAUGCCUGGUCAGACCGA